CCGACGCUGACGCCCCCGACUCCGAUGAAGACGCGACGGCCGCACGACCCUCGUCGUUUCUCAGACUAUCCAUUACAUCACUGCAAGGCUUCUAAAUAGCUAGAGAGCGCUAAGGAAGCAAUCAAAUACAUGAUGGUCGAAGCAAAGACUGAUGCGCCCGCGCCUCGCAAGAGAGGCCGGCCACGAACCGUGACGGACGAACAGCAGGUUCCAGAAAGACGUCGAAAGCAGCUCCGUGUCGCGCAGCAAGCAUAUCGCAAGCGAAAGGAAACCACAAUCACCAAUUUGCAAUCCCGCGUACAGGAGCUCGAAUCUGGCAUCGAAGAGCUCAGCGAGUCAUUUCUUACCUUCAGUAAUCUUCUUUUCGAAGCGCAAGUCCUUCAAAAUCAACCUCGUAUCACAUCUGCGCUCCAGAAAAUCACACAGCAAUGCGUGUCGCUCGCAAAAAGUGGCUGCGAUGAGCCCGAACAAGUGACCCCGACCGAAGCUUCGCCAACGACACCUAGCAAGCUCAGCACGCCCGAAGAACUAAAUCUAAAUUACAACCCUCUCAUCUCGCAACUGGAUUCAUUGCCGAUGAUCGAUGAAACUUUCCAACCUUCAUCGGAGAUGUUAAGUCAGUGGCCGAUCUCACAACGAUUACCUCCCACGCCACCCUACCAAGAACAAGCAAUGCUGCCCUUUGGAAUCAUCUUAUCGUCCCCGAAUAUCCCAUUCUCAUCAACUCCGAGCCCUCCACUAGAUUUCCCGACAACUAUAUCGCCCAAUAAUCUCAUGAAGCAAGGGCGCUGGACACUCUCACACCGCCUUGUGCGACAAUGCUGCGAAAAUGGAUACCGCCUAUUGACAAGCUCGUCGUCCGACGAUCCAAGGAUCCUAGAGAUCUUCGGGAAAACCUUAACUAUCGCAGAGCGCAAUCGCUUGAUUUCUGCAUUCUAUACUGCCAUGCACGACGAGAUCGGUGAUACAAUUGAAUUAAAAACAAAAGUUCUCAGCCCUCUUCAUUCAAGGAGAAAUAGCUACUCGCCCGAGCAACUUGCGAUGUCGUCCAGAGGGUGGCAGAUUGUUAUUGAAUCUGGUGCAGAGGAAUGGCUAGAUGCCAGUGGAGUGCAGAGGCUUCUACAGGAGAGGGGUAUCCGUCUCCAAGAUACUAGCUCGCCGCUAUCCAGUCCUCGAUACAAUGCAGCUCCACAGCUCAACGUGGCCAGCUUCGUUAGAUUCCUUUCCUUUGGCCCCAUCUGCGUUGGUCGUGGGCCGGCGUUCCGGAAGCGUGACGUUGAGAACGCCCUACGCCUUGCGACUUCGGAGGACCCUUGGGCUUUCGAUGCCGUAUGCGAAAUACCGUGAUCCAUAUAAUAUUAUAAUGAUUUUCGAUAGAUUGAUUUCCUCUUACAUUGCAUUACGCAGCAAAUUUGGGAUAGGAAUCGCCAUGGAGUUGAGGAAAGGCGGAAUGGAAUCUACACUUUCUUUGAUUUUUCUCAAGUCUGUCUUGCGACGUCCGGUGCGCUCGGAAGUACUUCAUUCUCCAAGCACUAAUGCCACAAAUCUUUUCAAAGUGCAGUAUAGUCCUAUUUCC